AUGAUCUCCUUCUGGAGGACAGCUACGUCCCGGCGGACUUGUCCAUCGUCUUGGCGUCAUUAUGCCACCGUUUCAUCACCCCAAAAUCUGGUCGAAAAAAUCGUACAAAAAUACGCUGUGGACCUCCAACCAGGAGCCAAAGUAAGGGCUGGAGAUUAUGUCAUGAUACGUCCUGAACAUGUUAUGACCCAUGAUAACACCGGACCGGUAAUAUCGAAAUUCCUCUCUCUCUCAUGUUCCAAACUUGAUGACCCUCGUCAACCCGUCUUCGCCUUGGACCAUGACGUUCAGAACCAAUCAGCGACGAAUCUUGCAAAGUAUAGAAAAAUCGAAGCUUUCGCAAAGGAACAUGGAGUCGAUUUCUAUCCUGCUGGAAGGGGUAUAGGGCAUCAGAUCAUAGUCGAGGAAGGCUACGCUUGGCCGGGGAAGAUGGUAGUUGCUAGUGAUAGUCAUAGUAAUCAUUACGGAGGUGUUGGUUGUCUUGGAACUGCCAUAGUACGGACAGAUGCGGCAGGUAUAUGGGCCACUGGAAAAUUCUGGUGGCAGAUUCCCAGAGUCGUAUCUGUUGCCUUAAAUGGAAGAUUAUCAUCCGGCGUUACUGGAAAAGACGUCAUUGUCGCUCUCGCAGGUCUUUUCAACAAAGACGAAGUGCUUAACGCUGCCAUUGAAUUUACCGGAUCAGGUAUCGAACAUAUCUCAAUCGACGAACGAUUGACCAUCGCCAAUAUGACCACCGAAUGGGGAGCCGUUGCUGGUGUUUUCCUUGCGGAUGAGAAAUUACGGAGAUGGUACGAAGGGUUAAUCAAGAAGAGUGAAUUAUAUCAAUACCUCAAUCCUCCCACUUCCACACGAUCAGGAUUACAUCCCAGACUCAACCUUGAGAGGUUAGACGAUGCACUCGUCAACAAACCUGAAGCCGAUCCAGGAGCACAUUACUCAUCUCGAUUAUCACUCGAUCUUUCAACAUUGGUACCUCAUAUAUCUGGACCCAAUUCUGUCAAAAUUGCUACGCCCCUUCCAAAACUUCUCGAUCCACCUAUCAAAAUCGACAAAGCGUAUCUAGUGUCAUGCACCAAUUCCCGUGCCUCCGAUCUCAAAGCCGCCGCCGAUGUCCUUCGAGGGAAAGAGGUUGCACCAGGUGUUGAGUUCUAUAUCGCUGCUGCUUCCAGUCGAGUCCAGGCCGAGUCCGAGGAAUCAGGUGAUUGGCAAGCAUUGGUAAAGGCCGGCGCGAAGACUCUUCCUGCCGGUUGUGGACCUUGUAUUGGCUUAGGGGUGGGUCUGUUGGAGAAAGGCGAAGUGGGUAUCAGUGCUACCAAUAGGAAUUACAAAGGGCGAAUGGGCUCACCAGAGGCUAUUGCUUAUCUUGCAUCUCCGGCUGUGGUUGCUGCUUCCGCUGCGAAAGGAUACAUCUGUGGUCCCGAUUCUCUCGAUUUAUCAAAAUUGCCACAAUACGAAACACCUAGGAUAUCUAUAAUCGAAGAGGACUCUGAAGCUCGACCGACGGAAGUGGAUGAAAGUAGUUUAGAACCACUUCUUGACGGUUUCCCAGCUUAUUUCGAGGGUCCACUCGUCUUUGCCCCUCAGGAUAAUUUGACGACGGAUGGUAUGUAUCCUGGCAAAUACACUUAUCAAGAUGACAUAACUCCCGAACGUCAAGCAGAAGUCGUCAUGGAAAAUUAUGAUACCACUUUCGCCUCAUCGGUCCGUCAAAUAAGUUCUAUCUCCCCUUCCUCAUCAUCAGAAUCUAUAAAACCAGGACCUAUCCUCCUCUCAGGUUAUAAUUUCGGUACCGGUUCUUCUCGCGAACAAGCGGCUACCGCUAUCAAAUAUGCUGGAAUACCUCUGGUCAUCUGCGGGUCGUUUGGAGAUAUCUUCAAGCGAAAUUCUAUCAACAACGGUCUCAUCCUGGUCGAAUCACCGCAACUCAUCUCUGAUCUUACGGCAUGGUUUGGGAAAGACGGACAAAGGAAUAAAGGUGGGAAGAAUGGGGAGCUGACUGUGAUACCGGAAGGAUGGACGGUGAAGGUGGAUACAAGAAGAGGGAGGGUUAGCGUUAGGAUGGGAGAAGAAGGAGAAAAGGUUUAUCCAAGUGCGAGAGUGGGACGUAGUGUACAAGAGAUAUGGGUCAAUGGAGGUUUGGAAGGUUUCAUCAGGGCGUCGUUGUAAAUUUAGAUUAUCUGUCAGCACGUCAGCGUUGCAUCUUGUUCGAUUU